AUGACCAUUGACAGACAGGUAGUUGCUCCUACACUUGAAGAUGUAACAGAGACUGAUGAAGUUGAAAAAGAACUAGAGGUAGUGAGACCAGAGCUGAAGAAGCCUGUGAGUGCAGAUGUUGAAACUAGUAGGGGUUACCAACCUGUGGUUCCCUAUCCUCAGAGAUUGGCAGCUAGCCAAAAGAAUAAAUACCACACUGAGAUUCAGGAGAUUUUCAAGCAAGUAAAGAUUAAUAUUCCACUCUUGGAUGCCAUACAACAAGUUCCUUCGUAUGCAAAUUUUUUGAAGGACUUGUGUACAGUGAAGAGGAAGCUGAAUGUAAAGAAGAAAGCUUUCCUAACGGAGCAAGUCAACGCAUUGAUAUUGAGCGAGACUCCUCAGAAGUUUGGAAAUCCCUACUCUCCCCACAUUUUCAUUAUGAUCGUCAAGGUGCCGAGGGGUAUUGUUGAGAAUGUGCUGGUCCAGGUGGAAAAAUUUUACUACCCAGUGGAUUUUGUAGUUCUUGAUAUGCAGCAGCCAGCCACUACUAUUUACCAGGCGCCUGUCAUCCUUGGGUGCCCAUUCCUUCCUACCUCCAAUGCACUAAUAAAUUGUCGAAGUGGAGUGCUGAAACUCACAUUCGGGAAUAUGACAUUGGAAAUGAAUGUGUUCAAUACUUGCAAGAUGCAUGGUGAUUGCGAUGAAUCAGAGGUGCAUGCUGUUAAAGUGAUUUCAAAACUUGAAGAAAUAAAGAAAGAGGCCUACGAUAAUUCCCGCUUGGCGAAGGAGCAAAUGAAGGCCUUGCAUGACAAGAAGAUCCAUGACAAACAGCUUGUCCCUGACCAGAAAGUGUUCAUUUACAAUUCAAGACUGCAUCUUUUUCCUAGGAAGCCGAAAUCUCGAUGGAAGGGGCCGUACGUUGUAAAGAAGGUUUAUCCUCAUGGGGCGGUAAACAUUGCAAAUCUGAAGAAUGGAAAUUGCUUCACUGUUAAUGGACAAUGUCUAAAACCGUUUCUAAAGGUCUUUAAUCCAUACGAAGAGAUCUGGCUUGUGCUAGAUUCCAGGGAAGUGUUUUGA